AUGAGCAAAUCCUUUCAACUCUCGUUCACCGUUCUUAUUGUCAUCACAGUUCUUGUACUAGGAGUGGUUGGAAAUGUGGAGCAAAAAAGCCAACGUAAGUGUUGGAGCAUUGUAAACAAAGACCGUUGUGUAGUGAAGGAGUGUGAGUCUCUGUGUCUGAAGAAACAUCCGAAAGGAAAAUCUAUAUGCAUACCUUCAGCCCCUGGAAAACAUUUUCAAUGUAACUGUCGUCAUCCUUGCCUUUAA